CUCCGCAGGAGCCCAGGCGUCUUGUGCGAGCUGUGUGCUGUGUUGCGCGCCACCCCAGAGGCUGGGGGCCCGAUGGCCGAUCAGCAGGGGUGCAGUACCACUCCCCACAGGGCCUACCCAGACAACCGGAGCCACCGACAGGUCGAGGAGGCAGGAGGCUGGGCUGGCCCGGAGAGUCUCUGGGGGAGCAAGCCCGUGCCCCUUCACGAGCUCCGGGGACGCUCCCGGGGGAGGGGCCCCCGCCGGUGCGGGGGCUGGGAGCCGAGCCGCCCCCUGCCUGCGCCCCGCAGCGCCUGCGCACGCUCCCUCGGGCGCCCUCCUCGCCCCGCCCACCCCAAGCCCGAGCGAGGCGCCGCGGGAGGAAUUCCAGCCAUUUCCUCUGCGCCGCGCGGUAUGUGGCCUGCUCGCAGCCCGACCGCAGCGCGCCCGGGAGGUUGGGGCCGGGCGGCGCGGGCCAGUCACCAGCCGCGUCUGGCAGCUGCCCGGGCCCCGCUGUCCCGCUCAGGAUUCCCAGCCAGCCGCCCCUGUCCCGGGCCACCAAACCAGCCGUUCCAACAGCCCGGGCCUGCGCGACGCCUCCGGUUCCGUUCCUCUCCUCUCCUCUCCCCGCCCCGCGGGGCCGCUCUCUCGCCUUCUGUGUUUCCCCGCUGCGCCCCUUCCCAGCCCGCCGCCGGCCCUCUGGAGUCCCCAGAAUCUGAGUUUGAAACUGAAGUUGGCACUUGCUGCGUCACCUUCGGCCAGAGUCCCAAGGCCAAGAACAGCCCUUGCAGCAAGAUGUGCGCCCCUCAUUCCUCACAAACGCUACAGCCACAGACCAGAUAAAUCCAGGUAGAGACGGGCCCAGAAACAAAGGUGCUAUAAAUAUCCUAGUCCAGCCGGGAGACUGAGCUCUUGGGCAGCCCCUUGCCACCCACCCCUCUCUAAGCCUGACACUUCAGGGCCACUGGGGCGCUGUAGGCGGGUCUCCCGGUGGUGGGAAGGGCAGACUGCAUGUGUAUCAGAAGCCUGAUUGGUUCCCCUCUCUGAGACCCCAUGACUGCUCAACCUAAGGGUUUUCCCUCUACCCAGGAUACCUCUCCCUAAUUCCCAAUCCUAGACACUUCCUCCCUCCUCUGGUAUUUGUAGAAGGCUUCUCACAAGAACCCCAUGCUGGGUCCAGGCUUCAAGAAAGUCUGACUCCUCUUUCAAGAUAGACCAGAUGGUGCCUUUGGCUGGAAGGCAACCACCUGAAUCAGAUUUAACAAUUUACAACUCGAUUCUAAAUUUUUGGUAGCACUUUUUGUUGGCGGUGAGGGGGGGACAGGCUGGAAGCAGAGUAGAUUUAAAAGAGGGGAAAGAAGAAGCAAAGAGGGGAUAAAGUCCCACUAGAAAUGGGAAUUCUUUUCCGAGCAGGCUGGUUCCCAAGAGCUUAGUGGGACUUUCUAAGCCAGUCUCCUGGGCCUGGGACUUGGUGGGGUGCAGCUCACUGAAGCAGAGUCUGUUGGAUAGCAAGAGACUUCACUGGAGAAGAGGUUAUUAGAGUUCUCACACCUAAGGCUCAGGGACUCAGACACCAAAAAUGUCCCCCGGAAAUUCAGACACCUGACGGCUUGGAGAGAGGUUAGCAAGAGCAAGGCAGGUUUGAAGAUGAUGCGUGAAAUGGAUCUGAACUAUCAGUUUUUAAAUACGGCUGUAAAAAUAACUUUAAAUAAAUCGCCGCAUUAGAACACAGUAGGUAAUCCUUCUAAAAAUGUAGUCACAAUUCCUCUUCCAAUGUGGGAGCAUACUCUUUAAUCCCUAUGCUAAGGAAGCUUUGCCAGCUCUAUCUCAACAAGAAAUCCUACUUAGAAGUCACUAUUCAUUCUCCAUUUUACAAAUGAGGAAGCCGGUACCCAGCUGGCAGAAGAGAGGUUUGAACUCAGGGAUCUGACUCCACUGGUCAUGACUUGAACUUCUGCUGGGGGAUAAUCAAUUCUGAUGGCCUUUCUGACCAUCAAUGGAAACAACUCCACCGCAGUCUUUAACUGCCUUUAACAGCAAAGAAGACAUUCCUGCAACACUCACCUGCACCUAGCAGAUCUGAGUGCAACCUCAUUAAACUGAGUGGCCUCAGGGGACCAACUCCAACACCCCAGUGAAUGGAGGAACAAACUCAUAGAAAUAAGAUUCUAAAUGGACUGGAUAUAAGUCACCAAGGUCAGGGUCAGCCCUGGAUCACAGCCCUUCCUGUGUGAUUUCAGGACCACAUGGAGGCCCAAGUGGCCUUUUUACUAAAAAUCAACCGUUAAAGAAUCAGAUGUGUGUUUAUAUAGGUCACUGGUAACUCACUUUGGACCACUGGCCCAAGACCUAUUUUGUCUGACUUUCCUAGCUUUUUUUUUUUUUUUUUUUUUAUUUGAGACAGACAGAGACAGCAUGAGUGGGGGAAGGGCAGAGAGAGAGAGAGGGAGAGAAUCCCAAGCAGGCUCCAAACUGCCAGCACAGAGCCCAACUCUGGGCUCAAACUCAUGAAACCAAGAGUUGGACACUCAACCAAUGGAGCCACCCAGCUGCCCCAUCCUAGUAUUUUUAUUUAAGUUAACUACCAAACAUUUAAAAUUGGA